UCUCAUUCUCUGGUUUUGCAUCUCUGCACCGAUCGACUCACAUAUGUUGGAGGAACUCAAUGUAAAAUCCAUUGUCCCAUGCAAUGAUCCUUUGAAGCAUGCUUCUUUACGUGCUGCGCCAGAAUUCAGUGUAUUAGGCAAACGUCUUGGAAAAUCAAUGCCUGUUGUUGCCAAGGAAGUCAAAGCAAUGCCACAGGAGGAUAUUUUAGCUUUCGAGAAGUCUGGAGAAAUUACUGUUGCUGCACACAGUUUGAAGCUGACUGACAUCAAGGUUCCAGGGGAUGUGGUUCUUGACCUCUCAAGUAUGGCUAAUCAAACCAUCAAGCUUGGGGGUGGUCUCCAUCAGAACUGUGAUGCUAUUUCUGUGACGAAGGCUGGGAAGCUGAGAUUUGUGAAGCCAAACAAAUAUUGGGUUGAGAGCUCCCAGAAGAGAUACGUGCCUUGUGUGGGGGAUAAUGUUCUUGGAAUUGUGGUAGAUUCCAAAGCUGAUAACUUCCUUGUGGAUAUAAAAGGGCCUGCAUUGGCAUUUCUUCCUGUACUUUCAUUUGAAGGAGGAACAAGGAGAAACAUACCCAAGUUUGAGGUAGGUACUUUGAUCUAUGUUCGGGUGGUGAAGGCAAACACGGGCAUGAAUCCCGAGUUGUCAUGCACUGAUGCCACUGGGAAAGUAGCGGAGUAUGGUCCCCUUAAAGAUGGCUUCACAUUUGAAUCAUCAACUGGCCUUGCCCGAAUGCUGCUCAGCUCCCCAACAUGCCCGGUUCUUGAAGGUCUUGGGAAGAAGCUCUCCUUUGAGAUAGCAGUUGGUUUAAAUGGCCGAGUUUGGGUGAACGCUGAGGCUCCAUCUACAGUCAUCCUUAUAUCAAAUGCAAUUAUGAAUUCAGAGUCGUUGAGUGGGGUUCAGCAAAAGAUUAUGGUGGAGAAACUGCUCCAGAGAGUUCAGUGAUCAAGUCAGUCCAUUUCAUUUGUGAUUUAAUCUCCACUCCUUUAAGUUAAUAAAGUACAAAGCAGCUGCAAAAACUUAGGUUUUAAAAAUUUUAUUCUAUGCUAUCAGUAUACUGUUUUUAUUUGGGGUUAAUUACACUUCUAUCCGACCCAAAUUUCACUUAGUCCCGAUAAUUUUAAUUUGAACAAUUUGGUCCAUACAUUUUAAGUCGAGUUUUAAUUUGGUCAUUUUGUCUAAAUUGAAGAUUAAAAUUAACAAUCUGGGACAUCUAUCAAUUUUCUAAAUUGUACACAGACAAUUAACAAAAAUUUAGAUGGAAUGAUCAAAUUGAAACCAAACUAAAAGGGUACGGAACAAAUUGUUCAACUUGAAACUAUAGGAACUAAAGUGAAUUUUUUUUUUUAUCAAACUAGGGUGAAAAGUGUAAUUAACCAUUUUAUUUGUUAAAAUGUGGUUUCUAUAUUAAGACUAUGGUAUCACUUUUGUUAACAACAAAUUAUUAAAAGUUAUCGCACUGUUCAGUUGCAAAAAAAUUGCAGGUUGUCUAUUCAUAUCGGAAUUAGUUUCUCUACAAAAGUGUUCUAGGUGCGUAUCCGUGAAGUCUUCCUAAAAAAUUAAUAAUUUUAAAAAAAUUUAACACGUGACAUGACGUGUCUGACAUGUAGACAUCUGUGUACAUGGCUUGUUGGUGUCUUACGCCCAUUUUGAAGUGUUUCUUGCUUUCUAGAUUGUUGAAAGUGUAGUAUUGGAUUUGUGGGUUUGCAGCCAGGUUCUUCUCACCCUAUCCUCUUUCUUCUCUGACUUGCAUAUGAGCCCAAUUUUCCAUUUUUGCCAACUGUGAUGAAAACAUGAUGUGGUUGGAAAUCCACAAGAUAGAAGAUGCCCCUUUUGGAGGUGCAAUGACUUCAACCUUUCAUUCGUAGGAGGAGAGAGGUGGUGUAAAGGAGGAAGUUGACAUUUAUUAGUUCCCAAGAAAGUUAGUGACACUGACAUGCUUGUUUAAUACUCUGUACCCUGAAAGAGGGAAAAUUAAAUUGUAUUCAUGAGGAAAGCUUUGAAACAAUUUGAUGAUGGUCACCAUUUCUGAAACUUGAGAGAGGGAACGUUUACUUUUGAUGAUUAGUAUGGUUUGUCAUAAAUGAUAAAGUGACGUGUAUAGUUUGUCUAAAAUUUUAUCACCGACAUAUACCCUGAUCAUUAUUUGUUUAAUUCGGUGUAUGUAAACUUAUUGGAAGCAUUUAGGAGAACAAGUUAAUAUAUUUCAUGUGAUUUCUAAACAUUUGAAAA